AGAUUUAUUUCUAUUUGAAAUUUCAAUUAAGUACAUAAAUUGAGAUACAAUAGGCAAAUUAACUGCAAGUAGCUCAGUGGUAGGAUUUGUAGACACAUUAUAGCGCGAUAUGCUGGAUAAUGGCCUGCCAUCAUGAUGCGAGUUGUAAUUGAUUGAUGGCCUUGCGUGAACUGGGAAAAAGAUAAAAAUGUUUCAAAAAAUCAUGAGUAUUUGUCUAACUGUGUGUGUUGUAACAACGACUGCAAUAUACAAAUGUCCGGAUAUCGACGGGCCUGUAUAUGACGCUAUUCUGGGUGGUCUUAUAAUUCCAACCGGACAUGACGCGUACCUGCCGAUACGGUCACGUGUGUAUAUUAACAGCAGCAUUGCUGUAAGAGAGUCAUCAGAUGUUUGUGCGGAGGCAAAGUUUGGUGGUGGUGAUUAUAAUGAAAUUGCCUGCUCAAGCUUGUCGACAGUGGUGGCGUACAAAACGUGGUACUUUGUUAGUGUUGCGAACUUAACAAGAAAGUAUGAAGGGUAUAGUGUACGAUGGUACACAACUGACGGUGGUGAUAAAAAUAUGAUUGGAGUUCCAACAUCGUUACGAGUUUUAGAAAAUUGGGACGAGUCUAUAUUUAUUACGGGCACUAAGACCAGAAUGACAUCUGUAACGUUUGCCCUUGGUCUUAUAAAUAUAACGGACAUAUCCUUCUGGGAUAACAGCGGCGAUGAAGUGUUCUUUCUGGAAAGUGUCAAUGGCGAUCAGAGAGACUGUAAAGUCCUCCGGCGGAAGAGCAAUAUUGUCCCCAGUCUACACAGAGGUUACAUGACAGUCCUUUUAUCAGGUCUUCACUGUGGUUUGGAAGGACGCCACAGAAUCUCAACAACUAUGAAACAACAGGGACAUCUGUCGAUGCACCUUGAUAUUGCCGAUAAUAUACAAAUAACGGCGCAUAUUGUCAAGUAUCCUACCAAGUAUGGUUCUGAAGCUAUUGUGGAAUGUACAACAGAUGAGACGAGGUACCAAACAUCGUGGUUCAAAGAUGGUAUCGAAUUACAGAAUGAAGUCAUAAUUAUAUCAACCAAUAAUGGCAGUAGAUUGUAUAUCGAAAACUUCCAGCCAAUAAACCGAGGAUUAUACACGUGUUUGGUUGAGUGUAAUUGUGACGUAAUAGAGAGUCGGAGAAUUCAUCUCACAACCAAAGGAGAGUAUGCAUCACAGUGUCCUCGGCAGACUCCACCAGUGUGCUCCUGCCCAUGUAUGGGUGUGACAUCGGCGGCCGGUUAUAUGCCAAUAACAAAUGUAGGAAAAACGGAAGGCAAGCCAGUACCUCGCGAAAGUCAGAAACCAGAACCAAUAAAGGAAAAACAAGGACUGUCACAGAACAUGACAACAUUCCUCAUCGUGAUUACUGUUGUCGGAUUAUCUAUUCCAAUAGUGGUUUACGUGUCUGGCUGGUGGAACAACAGACGGGAUAGGUGGAGCUGUCGAUUCGUUCCCCGGGAGAAAGGAACACCUGUGUGA